ACUAAGACUGACAGACUGAGCUCACAGAUACAGAGGAGUGAAGGAGGUUUCCUCCUCAGGGAGUCUGGACCAGUUCAGGUGGUUCAGGGAUCUGCUCAGGAUCCUCCUGGGAAACUUCCUCCAGGCAAGUCCCACUGGGAAGAGUCCCAAAACCUGAUGGAGGGACUACAUAUCCCAUCAGGCCUGGGAACGCCUCAGGAUCCCAGAGGAGGAGCUGGAGACCAUCACUGGACAGAGGGAGGUCUGGAACCUGCUGGGUCUCCUGCACAAAGACCUGAACCCAGAGAAGAGGAAGAGGAUGGAUCAGGAGACUCUGGCUGAGACAGGUGCAGAUCAUCUGUCCUUCAUUUUGAAUCAUGUGACCAUGUUUCCACAGCUCCACCACAGCUGUGAGAGUCCAAACCCACUUCUGCUUUUCACUUGUUCACUGUGAGUCUUCAUCCUGUUUCCUCCUCCUUCCUCAUCCUCACUGUUUCUAACAGAGACAGAGACAGAGACAGAGACAGAGACAGUGGACUCAACUGAAACCAGCUCCAGGACUCAGUGUGUCCAUAGUCCCAGAUUCUGAUCCUGUUUCCAGGUUUCUGACACUGCCUCAUAAAAUAUUACAGAAGCCAGAUGAAAAGUAGCGAAUAGAAAUAUUUAUUUGAAUAAAUUAUGUCGUUUUGAACAUUUUAAUCAGGAGUUAAAAUAUAAAGACUACGACUGAAAACCGUCAGUGUGACGGUGCUGCUGCCUCCACCUUCAGACAGGAAGUCCUGACACAACAAUGGGUUACCAUGGAGACAGGUACUGUCACCUGAUCCACUGCCAGACAACAGACACACUCAGCUGUCAGUUUAUUAGGAACAGCAGCUCAGACUGAGUCCUGUGAUGUGGAGUUUAACCAGGUGUUGAAUCACCUGUGUGACCACUGUCGGCUGUCUGUGUGACACAACACUCACUGCAGCGCGUCUCACGCUAAACGCUUUUAUUGUGAAGGUUCUACCUGUACAGAAGACUUCCUGUAGAAAUCGAAAGUUAACUUGUGUUCAUGCGUCAGUCACGGUCGGUUCCGGAAGAAGGAGCGGAUUUACCGGGACUUUGGUCGGUGUGGUUUCAGAGAAAAAGAAGAUGUCUGCGGUGUUUGUGAUCCUCCUGUGCGUUUCCCAGCAUGCCUCGGGUGUAGAAGUGUAUGAGGGGGCGGAGUCUGUCCUGCUGCCCUGUCAGGUGAAUGUCUCGGUUUCUAAAGACUCCACCGUGGUGUGGAGCCGUGAAGAGCUCAAGGGCUCGUUUGUUCAUGCAUGUGACCAGAGAGGAGACGACCUCAAAGACCAGAACCAGGAGUACAGAGACCGGACGUCCAUGAGGACGGACGCUCUGCAGACCGGAGACCUCAGCCUCACUCUGAGAAGACCCACCAUCAGGGACAGCAGCACCUACACCUGCAUCAUCAGAGAGUUUGGACUAGAACUGAGCCGGGAAGAAGUACAGCUGAUGGUCACAGAACCUCCUCCAGUCUGGCCCAAGGUUCUCCCAGGUGUCCUGAUUCCCCUGGUUCUCCUGGUUCUCCUGGCUGCAGCUGGUGUCAUGUAUAAAAGGAGGAAGGACAGAGAAGCUGAUGACGUCGUGGAGGUGGAGUCAGGGGCGGAGUCUGUCCAGCUGUCCUGUAAGACCACAGCUCACCUGCCUGAAGACGUGAAGGUGGAGUGGAGGAAGAGUGACAAGACGGUCCAUGUGUAUCAGAACGGUUCUGACAGACCUGAAGAACAGGACCAGGUUUACAGAGACCGAACAGAGAUGAAGAAAGAUCCACUGAGAACUGGAGACCUUAGUCUGACCCUGAAACACCCCACAGAGAGAGAGAGAGACACCUUCACCUGCACUGUCUACAAGGACGGAGACAUCCUGAUGAGGAAAAAGGUGGAGCUCCAGAUCAAAGACCAAGAGGUGGAGGUGAAGGAAGGGGAGGAGUCUGUCCAGCUGCCCUUCAAGACCACAGCUCACCUUUCCCAAGACGCUGAAGUGGUGUGGAGGAACAAUGACAAGAAGGUCCAUGUGUAUCAGAACGGUUCUGACAGACCUGAAGAACAGAACCAGGUUUACAGAGACCGAACAGAGAUGAAGGAAGAUCCACUGAGAACUGGAGACCUCAGUCUGACCCUGAAACACCUCACAGUCAGAGACACAGGAGAAUACAGAUGUAUGGUCUGCAGCAGGGAGGGACUGUUGCUGAGAGGGAAAACACUGAGUCUCCAGGUUAAAGAGAGAACUCAGGUCGCAAAUGAAACAGUCGACAUCAGGAACAGAAGUAGCUCCACUGAUCCAACUCCUCUGAUGGCUGAUCAAUCAGUUUGAUUGGUCUCUUGAUCAUUCUUUUAUUAUUAACACAAUCGGACUUUGGACCAGAGAGAAAAUGGAGGCAAAGCAGCUGAUGGACAACGGACGAAAGACAGGAGGAUGCUCUGUCAACGUCUUCUUCACUCUGAGACCUGAAGACUUUUAUUGUGACAGUCACAUCUGCUUUCUAUAUUUGAGUGGUGACAGAGGUCCCACUCCACACUAAGCUAAUAAUAGUACUGUUAUACUACUGUAAAAGUACUGUAAUACUGCUCUAAUAUCACUGCAAUAGUACUGUAAUAAUAAGCUUUAUUUGUAUAGCACCUGUCAGAAAAGAAAUGGGGCACAAAGUGCUUCACAUGAAGAAAAACAUAAAACCAUGUACUAUAAUACUACUGUAAUUGUAUUGUAAUACUACUGUAAUUGUACUGUAAUACUACUGUAAUUGUAUUGUAAUAUGUCUGUAAUACUACUGUAAUCAUACUGUAAUACUUACUACCUUUCAUGAGUACGGGAUGUGUAUAUGUUUUCACCGGCACAGACCGGUCUUUCAUCGACCAAUCACUGUGGUUCUUGGUAGAUGAUGUCAGCCAUAGUAACGGAGUCGAAGUGGUAGCUCAGAGUUCUUUAGUGAAGGUCGCAGCAGCUCUGUGAUUAAGAUGAAACACUCUGUGGUCUGUCACAUGGACCAUGACCAUACAUCUCUCACCAUGACUGACGCUCAGUGAGGAGCUGACACACGGCAGGAUGAGGACCUAAAGGAGGACAGGCUCAUCAGAAGAACAGCAGACACGUUUUUUUUUGCCUCAGUUGGUUGUUUUAUUAUAAAAGUUGAAGUUUCUACUCUGACAGUGAACAAGGAACAGAAAAACUCCAAUAAACCUCCAGUAAGAAAAUAAAAAACAACAUGAUGAUGAUGGGCAGGAGGAGGGGCUGGGGCUUCCAUGGUAACACAGAGGGGUGAUGAUGGGGUAUGAGGAGGGGGAGGGUGCAGGGGUAACCAUGGUAACUGUGUGGGGGGGUUACUCUACUAUCCUCUGGUGUUGGACAGUUUAACAUCAGAUGACCUCCAACACACAAACACACGCACGCACGCACACACACACA